UCGACAUGUCAAACUCAAACUUCAUGCAUGUCAUGAAGUUAUGUGAAAACUGACGCAGUGCAAGUGCGGCGCGAAGUGAUGCGUGCCUUUUAAAGAUGGUAACUCCCAGUAUUAGCUCAGCGAUGGAUGCACGCAAGAGGUUUUCGGAGAUUCAUCGACGGCUUCAAGAACUAGGGGCAUCAGAGGUCCAGAUAGCCCAGCUGGCAUCAUUUAAGGAGCUGCAGACCCUCGGCCAAACAAAGCCGUCCUCCAGGAUUGUCAAGAUACUCUGCGCAGUCAUGUACUUGAUAGUAGCCAUCGCAGUGCUGCUUGGCUACGCCGCUUUUAUGCUGCUGCUUGUCGGUCAAUAUCUUCCAGAAGUCCCUCGCAUAGCCCAGGCUCACAGGAGCCUCAGUGAGAUCUGGAUGAAGAGUUUCAUGGAUAAGGACAUUGAGACAGAGACGUGCCUAGUGGACGUGCCGGAGCUGCUCCAAGAUCUCUUCCGGCCGCCGGUCAAUUGCAGCAUCUGCCGGGACGUUGGUGACAUCAGGAAACUCUCUGGUCUUACCCAGGAGGAAUUCGAGCGAGUCUACGCCUACACGGCACGGCCUGUCGUCGUGAUGGACGGCAUGGGGAACUGGACGGCGCCCAACUUCCUCAGCUUUGAGUUCUUCAAGGAUAUUUACAACGAGGAGAGUCCCGUGCUUGAGAGCAACUCUCCCGAUUGUCAGUUCUUCCCUUACAAGACGAAGUUUGACAGCUUAAAGGAGGUUUUUGAGAUGGCCCCCGAGAGAGCCAACUUAUCGGACGGUUCUGCUCCUUGGUACAUUGGAUGGAGUAAUUGCGACUCGACAGCAGCGAACACGCUCCGGCAGCACUACCAUCGGCCAUACUUCCUGCCUCCUGAGUCCGAGUCUAGCAAGACCGACUGGAUCUUCAUGGGCAGCCCUGGAUAUGGGGCACACAUGCACAUAGACGAUGUGGAAUUGCCAUCUUGGCAAGCACAGAUCAAAGGUCACAAGAGGUGGACCCUGGAACCGCCACCGGAAUGCUACCUGGAGUGCCAAAUUCUGGAGGUCGAAGUUCAUCCAGGUGAAAUCAUUGUACUUGACACCAACAAGUGGUUCCACCAGACCUUGAUUAUCGGUGAUGAGAUGAGCAUAACAAUUGGCUCGGAAUUCGACUGAGAGUGCUGUAGCUAUUUUUCAUUUUAUUUUGUUUUAACCCUAACCCCCUAGGCCCUUGUUGCUUACAACCAUCCUCAAUCUUCCAAAAUCCUCAAAAAUUUUGCAACUCCGCCUAAAUUUUUCAAAAUUGUCAGACAGU